AUGAAACAAGUAAGAUCAGAGGAGAGGAAUUUAAGCAGAGUUACAAAAACUGACAGUGUGUGUUGCAAGUCAGCUUUGCUGCUGUCUAUUGCGUGCUGUAUCGCACUUAUUGACGUAGAACUUCGAAUGCAAGAACAUGAUCGCUUAUUUUCACACCCAGUGACUCGCUCGGGUCAAAUGGAAACGGAAAGCUUUCGAGUUCAACAGAAAAAUGAAAGGUGGAGAGUAACCGAAAGCAGCCAUUUAGAUUUGGGACAAGAGACGGAAGGUGAGUACUGGAAAAUACGAGAGCAAAGAUAGCUGGCUUUUUGCCAGGAACAAAGUGAAUCGUUUUAGGCCUAACGAUAAGCAGUAUAAUCAUAACUAUAACAAACUUGUCAAAUCUGAUUGGCUAUCAACAGCCCUGAUUUCAACCUUAAUUGGACAGUUUAAUAGGACUUUACGCGUCAUGCCUAAGUAAUUGGACACUACGCGCCAUCACGCGCGCGCUUAAAUGGCUUUUUUUUCACUGGUAGCUAAACAAAAUUUCGAAUUUCUUGUGUUUUGAUUUAAAAAACAGCCUAUUACGUCACAAAUUUUGUUAAAGUUAUGAUUAAUUGGUAACAGAACUUGGUGUCGUCCAAUUCGGUGUGUAAUCAUACUCGUGAUUAAACAAAUCGGACUCCCGCUUCGCGGUCGUCCGAUUUUGUUAAUCACUCGUAUGAUUACAGACCGAAUUGGACUCCACUCAGUCCUGUCACCAUUACUUAUAAGCUGUAACGCUUGUUACGUGGGCAAAACAAACCGACACUUUUCCACGAGCGUGCACGAGCACAUGUCAUCGGACAGAUCGCCUCACGGAGUCUAUGUACAUUAAGUGGGAAAAGCCUCAUCUUAAUCAACAGGUGAAACACAUCAAUCUGACGCUUUCUCUAUAGUUGCGUGCACGCGCAUCUAUUAAUUUUGUUAACUUUAAAUUUAUGUAGCGUAUUGAUUUCCAACGCUAAUAUCUUAGGUGACGAAUUACUCCUUAAUUUUGGCGCGAAAUUUCAGCGUUAAUUUGUAAUUUCACAUGUGAAAUUACAAAAUUGUCAUGGCAACCUAACGUACGUCUUAGUGUAAAGAUGGCGACGAAGUUUUAAAAUGUCAUGAAUGAAGAUGUCAGGGCACAAAAAGACUCUUUAGAAAACCUGAAGACACGAAAGAGCACAUCGAGAAGGAUUCUAACAGGCAUUUUGUCGAAAAACUCUGAACUUAAGCCAAAUUUAAGCUCUAAACGUUCGAGAGAGUGCAGGAGUUCUCGAUCGAUACGAUCCCAGAAAAACAUGUCGAAAAUCCAAGAUUGCUAACGUAAUUCGUCACCCAUGAUAUUAAUAGGUAAUCAAAUGGUAUACUCGUGAAAUUAGGGAAUAAUUUCACGCGCGUUUUGUCCAAAUCCUAAUAAUUUCCCGAGCUUUUCACUCGUCACCAUUUGAUUAGACAUACUAAUUAUAAAAUAACUGAGAUAGUACGCGCGUUCUGAUUGGUUAAAAACCUAUAGUUUUUAUGGUGCUGGUAAACUCAUAUAAAACCUAAAGUUAUUUUAUAAAAGCAAUAGACCACACUUUCUAUGGGUCAACCGGCGUGAUAACCCACUUGGGAUGUUGGGAGAACACUCGAAGAGCUUGUAAAUCACGAGUCGAAUUAACUCGUGUUGUCCCAACAUCCCGCGUGGGUUAUCACGCCGGUAAACCCAUAGAAAGUGCUUAAGUGCUUAAGUAACGUAUACUGUAGAUUGUAACAGGCAUGUUUUAUCAGCUGUAAACUUUCAUAACCGUCACACUGACGAUGACGGAUGUACCGUCGAAACAUGUUUGUUAAAAUUAAAAAAAUCGUACUAUUUUUUAUAAUGUUUUGCUGCUAAUUGUACUCUAAGUACAGAUAGGCUCUUCUUGCCCACUCAGGCAGCCAACCAAGACAGAGAUUUAGUUUGGUCUUUCCGGGUCGCCGAGCCUGCCAUAGUGACCAUCAAUUCUUUUAUUGGUAUUUGCGUCACUGGUUGUUACUGAAGUUUUUUCAAUAAACACGGUUUGUGAUCUAAUUUCUCUCAUAAGGUCAGGAAAGUUCGUCACGACAAAAACGGGCUUCAUCAGAUGACUCACAAGCGAAACCGGUAAAAACAGCUUCUGAUGUAAAACUGCUCAUUAAAGAAGAACUUCGUCUGCUGCAGAAUCAAAUCUGUGUCAAAGAUGAAAAACUAUGUCUUCCAGGACCAAAGGGUAACAUUGGAAGACGGGGAAGACGAGGACCCCAAGGUAUACCGGGUCCCCGAGGGAGAACCGGACCACCAGGAUCUUCUGGUAAACAUGGACCAGUAGGACCACAGGGACCAAUUGGCAAAAAGGGGGUUCGCGGAAUGCAAGGUCCGCCAGGACCUCCUGGUCCCAGAGGUCCGCCGGGUAAGAAAGGCGCACCGGGACAAUCUAUCUCGGCUCCCUCCCUGUUACAGCGACCUGUUCAAACGACAGUCAAUGAAAGUCAGACAGCCACCUUGAAAUGUACAGCAAAUGGAAAUCCACCUCCAAAGGUCACAUGGUAUAAGGCUAACUCAUCACUUCCUGUCGGACGUCACGUGGUAGAGUCCAGUGGCGCUCUAACUCUUCAGGAUGUUAGAUCUGGAGACGAGGGCCAGUACACCUGCAAAGCUGAAAAUUUGCUGGGAAACAUCAACGCCAGCGCGGAGCUAAAAGUGCAGUGUAAGUUGCGUCUUUUUCUUCAAGACUUUUUUAAAAGAGAUGUCCCCCUUCUUAAUGAAAUGAAAUGUUUCUAUGAGUAUUUUAACGGACACUUAUAGUUGGUCCUUCACCCUGCUCUUCAGUUAUUUCCUUUGACCAUCUUUAUAACUUGCACGCCUCCUUAAAAUGACAAUUAGUACUGGUCGCAGCGGUGUUCACUGUAUCAAUAGUUUGUUCGCAGAAUGAAAUUUAUUUACUAUUUCUUGCCAGUUCCUCCUUCUAUUGUAUUGUCAUCAAAUCGCCUGAUGGUUGAAGAGAGACAAAACGUCACUAUUGCCUGCAUUGCUACUGGUCAGCCACAACCCGAGAUCACGUGGUCAAAAUUGGGAGGAACAUGGCCAAAAGGAAGAAAUGAAGUGACGAAUAGAACCUUAAUAAUAUACAAUGUGGCAAAGAUGGAUGCUGGUACAUACAUCUGCAAAGCAGAGAAUAUUGUAGGAUCAGCAAAAGACACAGUUCAACUCGUCAUAUUCUCUCCCCUGCGGUUCAAAGAAAGACCUCCUAAAACUUUGAUUCCUGUGGUUGGUUCCACCGUUCGUCUACCGUGUCUGGCCGAGAGUGACCUAAAACCUACCCUAACUUGGACAAAGGAUGGCUCUUCGCUUCCUGUUGGUUCAAGGAUUCUUCAAAACAACACUCUAGUUCUUGGCAGCAUCAAAAUAUCACACAAAGGAUCUUACACCUGCAGAGCGAGUAAUCCUUUGACAACAAUAGAAGCCAAAGUCAAAAUCAAUUCUCCAGUAAGUGCGGCCUCCUGCUCUGUGAUAAGGAAACACGUCAGCAGUGUAAGCAGAAAUUACGUCAUUGAUCCAGAUGGUGAGGGAGGUCUGGCACCAUUCACCGUUUACUGUGACAUGACGGCUAAAAAUGGAAUUGGCGUGACAGUCAUCAGUCACGACAGUGAAAGUAGAACAUCGGUGAAAGGAUAUGAAAGUAUUGGUGCUUACUCACGAAAUGUUCGUUACAAAGGAGCGAGUGUAUCUCAGCUGGCGAGUCUCACUAGAGUUUCCUCGCACUGUGAACAGUUUAUCAAGUAUGACUGUUAUGCUUCGGUUCUGCUUUACAACAACGAUCCACGUGGAUGGUGGGUGUCACGUGAUUCUACCAAAAUGAGAUACUGGGGCGGAGCAUCUGACAAUGGUACGUGCGCAUGCGCGAUGACUAACUCGUGUGCAAAUCCCAGUGAUGGCUGUAACUGUGACAAGAAUGACUAUGUAUGGCGUGAAGACAGCGGUCUCCUCACUGACAAGACCAAGCUUCCUGUAAUACAGCUCAGGUUUGGUGAUACUGGCCACGGGGCCGAACAAGGUUACCAUACACUUGGAAAACUUAAGUGCUUUGGGACAGUAUAGAUAGAUGCUAGUUGUUGUGAUUUCAAACCCGAAAAGGUAAAAAAAGGAUGCCUAACCUUAAUAGUUUCAUAAAGAAAUCUGCAGACUAACAGCCAUGUUUUACAUAUACAGUAAAUCAAUAAAAAACCCGGUCGCAAUUCCGUAGGUUAGCUCUUCUCGCUUUUUUUGCUGGUAUUUAUGGUAAACAAACUGUCAUCUUUUAACAUAUUCAAAAAACGCUAAAUUCUUUCCACGAGAAUUAACACCAACCGAAAAUCGAGACAUGGCACUGAUAACCCUGUCUUUUUUCCUAGUACUGAAGUAUGGAUAUCAUUGUUUAAACCUGCGUUCAUAAAGUCUUGCAGGUCGUGUUAGAGAGUAGUAAGCAAAAGUUUAAUAAAUAUUUUUUACGUAAUUUGAAAAAUACUGUCACUGUUAUCGACGGCUGCUACUACCGGGGCUGAGCGCAUGCGUGAGAUUCUGACUAUUAUUGUGUGAAAGCUUUCGUGGAAAGAGAUAUUAUUACUCUUGUUUGUUAUUCACAUAGAGGUAUCAAGCCAAUCAAAACAAGAACGCUCACAGCCUAGACCGAAUGACCAUUUAUCUACCUUAAAAUAAACACCUCACCAAAAGAUUUGUAGGUCCCAUGCAUAAAGAUAAAAGGUGUUAAAGUUAAGCCCUGUUUAAUCUCCACUUUUAAUGUGCAAUUUAUAAAGUUUAAAUACUUUUGCAUUAAAAGCGAUCCAAAAUUUCAUUGUGUGUUGGUCAAGCGACUUGUGGCGUCAAAAUAGACAGAAGAGAAGCUUAUUAAGACCUCUGAAUGCAGAGGUCCACUCAACGCGUGAAUGAAACCGACUGGUUCUUUCUUGUCGGAUCUCUAAUCUAGAGAUGCUAAUGCCAGAGGUCACUUGAAGUAAGAAUUAAAACAAAACUGAAUGCAAGGCUGGCAAUACGACAAAGGGGUGAUUUAUUUGAGGCCAAUAUUUCGGUUAACAAAAUUAGCCUUCUUUAGGGCCACAGCUUGUUAUAUUUUGAAUUUUUAAGAUCCCUUGAGGUCGAAAACUCAAGCAUCGUCACGCCACGCGCACCACGUGACCCUGCAGGACUAUGGCAGCGCGGAGGAAUGAGGUCUAACGGAUUUACCAACGUUGGGUAAAUGCAAGACAAAACUAAACAAAAUGAGCGGAAGGUAAUGGGCACGUGAGCUUUAGGAGUUAUAGAGCCGCGUCUGUCACGUCUGUAACCUACUUUUUCUAAUAUCUUCCUCAGAAAAGACAAGCAAACAGACAGACAAGCUUUCAAGUGUAUGUGUUGUAGGUUAUAUCGUUCUCAGGUUAAAUCACAAUGUUUGUCUCCUAUGAAUAAUUAAGGCCUAGAAACAAAAAGAAAAUACUGUCGAAAAUUCGGUUGAAUCCUAGUCAAAAAUGAGAACGGAAUUUACCUACAACAUAAACCUGUGGUUAGUUUCUUUACAUCAUCACGUGACGACACAAAACAAAUCCUGAACUUCCUACUGUGCAAUAAUCUUCCCAUCAAAUUUUGACGACCGAUGGCCAAGUCCGAAAUGUCAUACGUCUCCAUGCACUAUAAGAAAACAAUACAUAUAAACGUUAGACGUCUGAAUUCCGAGAGUAAUAGUGCCGUCCGGUGACGUAACCUAGUAAUUUAUACAUUUUUGCAUAAAUUUCGAUUUCUAAAGAAGUUGGCAGCCAAAAGUCACGGAACUGUAAACAACAGCGUGCAUAUAGUCGAUAUGCAUUGUUUUCUGUUUUGAGUGCAGUGAAGCUUGACGAUAAAGCCUCCGGAAUAAAUGUAAGGUAUCAUUUAACUUUUCGAGUUUGAAAUGAGGUAUUAACAGGCUAAAAACGACCCAUAGGCUCAUGAUAGUGUGAAACGUGACCUUGGACUUGGAGUUAGCUUAAACUACAGAGGUCCCCUUUUUCUUUCUUUCACUUCUAUGCAGUACACGGAAAAUUUUACACUCUGACUGGGCAAAUCUUAAUUUGCCGCUCUGAGUUUAAGGCUUAGAGGUCAUGACGCUGGUCUGUUUCAUUCUUUUUGAGUAAUUAUUUCCUGUGGUCUGGAGCGCGAUGUCCUACUGUUCCUCCGUUCCCAAUUCCUUUUGUUCUAGCUUGAUAGUCUAUGCGACUGUACUGGUAGUGCAUCUUUUUGUUACAAGUGCCUAAAGCAAGCCUGCAGUUUCGGGAUUAAAGGAUACCUUGUCUAAGGGACGGACCAUUAGAAAACUUAUGGGAGGGGCGGGCGAAGUACAAAAAAGAAAUUUCGCGCAAGAAAAAAUUCAAUGAAAAAAAUUAUUGUACGCCAAUUAAUCCUAAAAAAUAUUCAUGCUAUGGCCUAAAAAAAAUUCAUACAAGGAAUUUGAUGACGAAAAAAAUUCCUGCGGCUCGAAGAUUCCCCUCCCCCCCCCCCAUAACUUUUCUAAUGGUCCGUCCCUAAGGUCACGUGUAUUUUUGUUCAGCCUGUCAACACUAUUUCAUACCGGAUGUUUUCUUUAGCGCGUUCAGCCAACAACAAAAGGUUUUCUAUUUCGGAAAGCUAAUAGCUAAUCAGAAAAUAACUACCAUAUUCGCAAAAGCAGGUGACGUCACCGGACAACAUUACAACGCUCGGAAUUCAGUCGUCUCUCUACCCCGCACCCCCCACGGAAUACGAAUAGACUAUCGCCGGCCUCUCUUUUACUUGUCAUUUCAUAAUGUCACCUCAUAUUCGUUAAGAUAUAAGUGGGUCAUUUGUUAAGAAAAGCCGUAUGUCACGGGCCUAGUUAUUUAAUUUCUUGAGUUUCACAAAAGACCUUUCCUUCACUGAUUUCAAGGGCCAUUAACUUACUCGGUCUUUCUGAAAACGUAGGCCCAAAAAGACAGUUAAAUCAUGAAACAAUGGAAUGUAGAAGAGAAGCAUAAGACUGGAAGUAACACAUUUGAGAGCUUGAGUUGCAAGUCAGGUUUGCUGCUGUCUAUUGCGUGCUGUAUCGCACUUAUUCACGUAGAACUCCGAAUACAAGAACAUCAUCGCCUGAUUUCACACUCAGUGGCACUUUGUGGUCAGAUGGAAACACAAAUCCAAAGAGCUCAAAAGAAAAAUGGAAGAUGGAAAAUCACCGAAAGCGGCCCUUCAGAUUUGGGGCAAGAAACAGAGGGUGAGUACUGAGAAUUUUAAAAGCGGAAAUAGUUAAGCUCUUUGCCAAGACCAAGGCCUCUUACCUCUUCUUAUGCAAAUAUCACUGGUUAAUAAAACACUGAUAAUAGUCACACGUAAAUCGAGAAAAUGAUCACCGAAAGAAAAUAAAAAAGCCUUGGAUUUGAAAAAAUAUAUUUAUUGUUGGUACCAUCAAAGGGCAAAAUUCGUUGUUCAAAACUAAAGCUAAAGGAGAUGACCAUUAAACUAACGUUAACUGUUCACCUUGAGCGAUUUCUUUAAGAGACAUUAUUAUGUUCUACAAUCUUUGAUAAAUGGCUUUUAUUUUUGAGGUCAAAAAACCAAAUCAAGAGAAAGACGUGCUUCACCCAGUGACUUACAAGCGAAACCGGUAAAAACAGCCUCUGAUGUAAAACAGCUGAUCAAAGAAGAACUUCGUUUGCUGCAAAAUCAAAUCUGUGGUAAAGAUGAAAAGCUUUGUCGACCAGAACCAAAAGGUAACACAGGAAGACGGGGGAGACGAGGACCCCAAGGUAUACCAGGUCCCCGAGGGAGAACCGGACCAGCAGGACCUCCCGGUAAACAUGGACCAGUAGGACCACAAGGACCAAUUGGCAAGGACGGAGCUCGCGGAAUGCAGGGUCCCGCGGGACCCCCCGGUCCCAGAGGUCCGCCGGGUAAGAAAGGCGCACCGGGACAAUCUAUCUCGGCUCCCUCCCUGUUACAGCGUCCUGUUGAAACGACAGUCAAUGAAAGUCAGACAGCCAUCUUGAAAUGUACAGCGGUUGGCAAUCCUCCUCCCAAGGUCACAUGGUAUAAGGUGAAUUCAUCACUUCCUGUCGGUCGCCACGUGGUAGAGUCCAGUGGCGCUCUGAUUAUUCCGGAUGUUAGAGCUGAGGACGAGGGCCAAUACACCUGUGAAGCUGAGAAUUUGCUGGGAAGCAUCAACGCAACAGUGAAGCUAACGGUGCAGUGUAAGUUCCAACUUUUUUAUUUAAGGCAUUAAGCAAUGAUGUUCAUUACUCUGUAACACAUUUUCUAUUUCUUGUCAGUUCCUCCCACUAUUGUACUGUCAUCACAUCGCCUGAUGGUUGAAAAGAAACAAAACGUCACUAUCGCCUGCACUGCUACUGGUCAGCCGAUACCCAAAAUCACGUGGUCCAAGUCAGUUAACAAACUGCCCAAAGACAGAAACAAAGUGAUGAAUGGAGCCCUGACAAUCUAUCAUGUAGUAAAAAAGGACGGUGGAACAUACAUUUGUAAAGCAGACAAUACUCUUAGUUCAGCAACAGAUACGGCUCAACUCAUGGUUUUCUCGCCUCUACGGUUUAAAGUCAAACCUCCCAAAGAAGUGCACACUGCAGUUGGAUACACAGUCCAUCUACCGUGUAUGGCCGAGAGUGACCUGAGACCUGUAAUUUCUUGGUCAAAGGAUGGCUCUAUACUUCCUGUUGGUUCGAGGGUUCUUAAAAAUAACACUCUCGUUCUAAACAACAUCAAAAAAAUCACACAGACGAUCUUAUACCUGCAGAGCAACUAA